UGCUAACCCUCGCUACCUUCAUCCUUGAGAAAUGAAAAGAAUUCCCAAAAAGAAAUAAUAAAACAAGAGGUUCUUUGCAAAGCUGGUGGCACUGCAUGUGCUCAGGAAUCCCUCUGAUUAGCUUUAUAUACUAAUCAGUAAUCGCCCACCGGCCACCUAUUCUCCUCCAAACUCCUUCUUUAUUAUAUCUCUGCCUCUCCAUACAACGACUGUAUCUCUAAAUCUUCUCGUCUCGUCCCGAACAGAACACUUCAAUGGGUGAGGAAGCUAAACAGGAACAACCGAAGGCAGAGGAGAAGAAAGAAGAGAAAGCAGAGGAAAAGCCAGCGGAGGAGAAGAAAGAAGAGAAAGCGGAGGAGAAGAAGGAAGAGCCUAAACCGCCAUCGCCAUGCGUGCUGUCUGUGGACUUACAUUGCGUGGGAUGUGCCAAGAAAAUUGAGAGAUCUAUUAUGAAAAUGCGAGGAGUUGAGGGGGUGGUCAUUGAUAUGGCUAAAAAUGAAGUAACCAUAAAGGGGAUAGUGGAACCCCAAGCAAUCUGUGAUAAAAUUACCAAGAGAACAAGGAGAAGAGCCAAAGUUAUUUCUCCAUUGCCCGCAGCAGAAGGAGUACCUGUACCACGAGUCGUUACUUCUCAGGUUAGUGGACCAGUGACCGUGGAACUUAAUGUAAACAUGCACUGUGAGGCCUGUGCCGAGCAACUCAAGAAGAAAAUUCUCAAAAUGAGAGGAGUGCAAACAGCAGCGACAGAAUCAAGCACGGGGAAGGUUACUGUGACAGGGACCAUGGACGCGAACAAGCUGGUGGAAUAUGUGUAUAGACGCACCAAAAAGCAAGCCAAAAUAGUUCCACAACCAGAGCCUGAACCAGAGAAGAAGGAAGAACCUAAAGAAGCUGAGAAACCAGCAGAAGAGGCAAAGCCUGAGGAGAAAAAGGAAGAGAGCACAGAGAAGAAAGAAGAGGAGAAACCUGCAGAGGAGCCCAAUAAGGAAGAAGAGGGAAACAAGGAAGGAGGUGAAGACAAGAGUGAGAAUAAAGAAGAAAAAGGUGGUGAAGAAAGCAAGGAAGAGGCUAACAAUGAAGGAGGAGAUCACAGUGGGGUGGUUGUGAUUGACGAUGAAGGGAUCAAGAGGAUGAUGUACUAUUACCAGCAGCCACUCUGUGUGAUUGAACGAAUCCCACCUCCUCAGCUCUUCAGCGAUGAAAACCCAAAUGCAUGCUGCAUUUCAUGAAGCCGUUACCAAAGAAGAAGGUUCAAAAUCUGCAUGUAACUAAGUUUAGAGCUGUGUUACUGAUCGGGGACGGUCUCAAAUGGAAUUACAUAUUCAAUAAGUUCAUAUAAUAUAUCGUGUCACUCUUUUUUAUGUAUGUACGAUAUAUUAUUAAAGUAAUGAUGCUGAAAAUCAA